AUGGAGCGAUGCGCGGAGGAACAAGCGAUGGAAAUCGAGGCGCUGGAGAGCAUCCUCAUGGGUGACAUGCGUAAACUUCCCGACGAUUCCGGGGACGGGAUCGCCUCGAUCGCGAACUGCGCGCAAUACCAGAUUGAAAUCAGCGCGUACGGUGAUAACGAUAGCGUGCCCGAGGACGAGGACGAGGACGACGCGGUGUUGGGAUUGGUGUUCGCGCACUCGGAGACGUACCCGGACGAGCCGCCGAGCCUGAAGUGUCGCAGCGUGCGAGGCCUGCGCGAGCACGAGUUGGCGGAUAUCAGCGCGAAAGUGAUGAAACAGGCGAGUGAGAGCGUGGGGGCGCCGAUGAUUUUUGACUUGGUGCAGACGUGUAAGGAGUGGAUGCGUCGGCGCGUCGGCGCGAGCGACGUCGUCGACGAGGAAACCGAGGAGCAGCUCAAGGCUCGACUCGAGGCCGAGGCCGAGGAGCGCUUGCGUCAAAUGCGUCUCGUGGGCACGCCCGUGACACCAGAGAACUUCAAGGCGUGGCAGGCGGCAUACAUGGCGGAGAUGGGCGAAUCUCUCGUGCCCGCCGAGUCGCGCGUCGACGGCAGGCUCACCGGUCGGCGAUACUUUGAGACGCGUUCGGCGAAGGAAUUACAGGAUGAUCUCGACGCCCAGGACGAGGACGGGGACUCCAUCGACGGCAACGACGAUGAUGAUGAUGACUUCAGUUCUUCCGACCGAUCAGACUCCGAUCGCGAUGAUUAA